CUCCCAAUUGAGCUAACCAGGCGGCGGCAGAAAACUGAAUGAGUACAUAUUAAAACAGAAGACAGUCAUAGCUAAAAUAAUUUCCUGAGAUGUCAUUCAGUCAGAUCAAGAGCAGAAAGGUGGAUUUUCAGGCACAAUACAGACGCUAUCAGUGGUCGAGAGCUUUGCAUACUCAUGUUUGGUCUUUAUUUAGUACUGUGGUGUACAACAGGAUAUUUUCACCUAAUAUUAGACCACCUUAUUUGCAGUUAAACAAUACGGUUCAAAGCCUGUCUGAUACUGGUAGCUCUUUAAGAAGUUCUCUGGAUGUAAUCAACAGCUCGUUGAUCUCACAAAUCCAAAGCAUCAGCAAGUUACAAGGACCUACAGGGCCCCCAGGUUUCAAUGGCUCCAAAGGUGUUCCAGGUACACCGGGCAACGAAGGGGCCAGGGGAAAUCCAGGUGGGCAAGGAACCCCGGGCCAACAAGGUGACGCAGGGAACCCGGGAAAGAAUGGUACUGAUGGUGUAAAUGGACAACAAGGAGAUAAGGGAGUACAGGGUGAUAAAGGACAACAAGGGGCUGCAGGACCCGGUGGACCCCCCGGACCCCCAGGACCUCAAGGGCCUCCUGGAGCUGGGAACUUCAGUCAAUGUAGAUAUGACUCUGCAGUAAGAUCAGUUACAGCUGGUGAUUUGGCGUCCGAAACUGUUGUGUUAAUUGAACCGGAUGGAAAGAAAAUUCUUGGUGUUUCAUGUUCCACUAAUCAGGCAGCGGAAUACAUUUUAAAAAUAGAGAAACUUACGACCGCCCCACAUGCGGGGAAAUAUGCUUACCGUUGCACUUGCAAGGGGCAGUCUAAGUUGUUUAAACAGUCCGGUGCGAUGGUAUGCUUUCUGCACUACUGGGAAUGCCCAUUGACAACAUAAAUGACAUCAGGUAACCUUUAGAUUUAUGGGUAUUGGCCAUUUCUUAUUACAGACUGAAGUAUAUCUUUUUUAGGUUAAAUCCUAAUUUAAUAUUCCAAAGUUUUCAAAUCUCUCUCAUUGUCAUUCUUAUCAGGUAAAAAAAUCAAACUGUAAGGGAGUCGGAAUGAAAUUCAACGUAGAUUAACACCUUCAGAUUUUGACUCUGUUUCCUUUUAUUGUUUUCCGCUUUUCCUACUUUAAAUUUAUUUAAUUGUUGUUGUUCAUUUUAAUGCUUUUAACCAAAUUGAAUUGUGUUAAACGUAAAAUUAAAGUUAUACACACUAAUGUACUACAUGAAUAUCUUUCCAAGCAUUGGUGAGUCAUAACGUAAUUUUUAAAGCACUUGUGUUAUCAAUUGCGUUGUUAUUCAUGGUUGUUAUUUUUAAAUGUUGAGUUAGGCUAGUUCUAGAGCAAAUGUCAAUCGAGUUUCAAAAGUAAUUUGUGAUUGUAUCGGUUCUGCUGAACUGCGUCCUGUGGUUGGUUUGAGAAAACUCACUCCCCUUUUCAACCAAUCAGACGCCAAACCAGAACCAAUUGGUUACUCUCGUUUUCCCGCGCUUUGGGUCUCUCAAUUAUGAUUGGUUCCCCGUGGACCUUCACAUCAGUUCUGAUUGGUAUUUGUUGUUACUCUGGAUUUGGUGCUCGGAACUCGAAUGAAAAGUGUUUCUAGAUAUGCCUGUCAAUUCUUAAACACACGGUAACGAAGUAACAUAUUUCUUUUUCGAACUUAUUAUUUUUUCGCUUGUUUUUUGGUGUUUUUAUCCGAUACUUGUUGACAAGGUACUUAAUCUGUAUGCAGGCAUACAUGUUGAGGAGCAAUUUUAAUCUGUUAAGUAUAAGAGAAAAUUGCAUUCAACUAUUAGAUGACAUGACACGUCAUGAUUAUCUCUCAAACUGAGAGAUCCAACGUAUGAAAACUCGAUAAUCUACUUCUGAUAGUCUUUCCAAAUUUUAUUUUUUAUCGGCCUUAAUUUCAAGAAA